UUUUUCAUUUCUCUUCACCUGAAGUUUGGUGUGCGUGUUAGUCAGUCAUACAUUCUUACGUUCUACACAAUAUUGACCUGCUACAGGUCGUUUGAGACGCUCGCUUGGUGGGUUUUUUUUCCUUCUUUCCUUUUACCUGUACUCAACCACAGGUGUACACAUACACACACAUACACACACACAUACACAUACAUACAUACAUACAUACAUACAUACAUACAUACAUACAUACAUACAUAUAUAUAUAUAAAGGAAAUGGGAAUUCAACUUACCUGUCGCCAAUCUUGGAUCUAAUUUUUAAAGGAUAUAUUUACAUCGCUAUCACUCAUCUCAGGCGUCAGAUACUGUUACGUUAAUGAAAAAUAUUAGGAAUAUGGAGAAACCAUCUUUUACAUUGAUGAUUUUACUGGCUACCAUACGUUUUACUUCAUCAUCUUCAGUUACCUUUGAACAGCAUGGUUGUGAAUCACUCUUUACUACCACCAUAAAAAAUUUAUCUGAACUGGUAACAUUCUCCAAUAUCCCGUUAAAUUUAAGUUUCAAAAAACAAGUGUCAGAUUUUCCGGUAGUUUAUUCUUUACCGGUAGACAUGAUAAAUAAUGUGACGGAAAUAAAAUGGGAAGCAAGUUACCAGUCAACCAUCCAAAAUUUUACAGCGCCAGUUCCAGCAACUUGUUGUGUAGGAUCUACUACUCCCAGAAGUAUCAACUGCAUAGAUGUAAAUAUCACAUGCCCAUCUAAUCAAUGUUCUUCAGCAAAACCAUGGAAUGUAUACGAAGACUUCUACAAAAUGAACUGCAAAGACUGUGCUUGUACAUAUUGUUACAAAGGUGGACUUGCACUGCAUCAAUUGGUAUGUAGAAUUUGUUUUUUGAGACGAUAACGAAAGAGUGAAUGG